AUGGCUACUCAUGUGCGGUUUGGAGCAAAAUUUAUGCAACAAAAUGCUAAAAUACUCAAUGAAUAUCAAAGACAUCUUUUCGGACAGGUCAUUCGAAAGAAGCAUGUUUGUGGAACAUUUUCGUGCCAAACUUUCCGAGUGGCACGGCGUAGCUUUAGUUCAGGGACAGUAAAUAGAUCAGAAAAUGCCAACCUUUCAACAAAAACUUGCCCCGGUUGUUGCUGUUUGUGUUCAUGUCUUUACUCUAUUGAUGGCACUGUCAACGGGAAUGGUUCAUAUUCCAUAAACACUAAAGACAUUCAUCCUGAUAUCCGACCGCUCGUCCAUGCAAAAACGUCAAAUGUUUUUCAAGGGGGUGGUGGUUGUAGUUCAUCAGCAGCAUCGCCUUCAGAAUCCUCAUCCCAGAAAUCAAAGGUCACCUCUGGACCUGGUUUCCAUGAAUUCAUGGCGGCAGGCAAAGAUGAUCUCAGUUUGGACAAGGGUGUGUUUGUGAAUGAGGAGACUGGCAUUCCUUAUGUGGAAGAAGCAAAUAUUGGUGGACAUGGUAGGAAAGUUCACAUUGAAACAUAUGGCUGCCAGAUGAAUGUGAAUGACACAGAAGUUGUUUGGUCCAUAUUGGAGAAAAAUGGUUUCAAGAAAGCUGCUGAUUUGACUGAGAGCGAUGUGACAUUGCUGAUGACAUGCUCAAUUAGGGAGGGUGCAGAACAGAAGAUCUGGCAUCGUAUACAGUACUUGAAAUCUCUGAAGAGACGAGGGAGAAAAGAUAGGCCUGCAAUGAAAAUAGGUGUUUUAGGUUGUAUGGCAGAACGACUGAAAAAAAAGCUCAUUGAAAAGGAGAAGAUGUUAGAUUUGGUCUGUGGUCCAGAUGCAUAUCGUGAUCUCCCACGGAUGCUUGCCCAGACAGAAUCUGGACAAGCAGCUGUAAACGUGCUAUUGUCUCUCGAUGAAACGUAUGCUGAUAUAAUGCCUGUGAGAUUGAAUCAAAAUUCACCUUCGGCAUUUGUGUCAAUAAUGAGAGGCUGUGAUAAUAUGUGUAGUUACUGUAUUGUCCCUUUCACCCGUGGACGAGAGAGGAGUCGAGAUAUUGAGUCGAUUCUAGAAGAAGUUAGGGAGCUUUCUAAUCAGGGUAUAAAAGAGGUGACAUUACUUGGCCAAAAUGUGAACAGCUACCGUGACUUGUCUGAACUGCAUCACAGCAUCAGUGAAGACGAGGCAUCAAGACUGAGUAAAGGCUUCAGUACUAUUUACAAGCCGAAGAAAGGGGGAAGACGAUUCAGUGAUCUCUUGGAUAAGGUAUCACUUGUCGAUCCAGAAAUGAGGAUACGUUUCACCUCGCCACAUCCUAAAGACUUUCCUGAUGAGGUGCUGCAGUUGAUCAAGGAACGUCCUAAUAUCUGCAACCAGAUCCACCUGCCUGCCCAGAGUGGUAACAGUGACAUCCUCCGAGCCAUGAGAAGAGGGUACACGAGGGAGGCAUAUCUUGAUCUCGUCUAUCAUAUAUGGGAAACCAUCCCUGACGUAUCACUUUCGAGUGAUUUCAUAGCAGGAUUUUGUGGGGAAACUGAAGCAGCCCACGAGGAAACUGUAUCGCUGAUGAGACUAGUCAAAUAUAAUUUUGCAUUCUGUUUUCCCUACAGUAUGAGACAGAAAACACACGCAUACCACCGUUUGGUGGAUGACGUCCCUGAAGACGUGAAGCAGCGCAGACAUGAAGAACUGAUCUCUGUAUUCAGAGAGGAAGCUCAAAAGAAGAAUAUUGCGCAGGGAGGACAGGUGCAGCUCAUUCUCAUUGAAGGGGAAAGUAAACGUUCUCCUCUGGAUGUAGCUGGCAGAAAUGAUGGCAACACAAAAGUGAUCAUACCCAGAAUUGAUAUCCCCUCGGAUGAUGGAAGAUCUGCCCCACAUAGCAUCAAAACUGGAGAUUAUGUUGCAGUUGAGAUUACUGGAGGUAGUUCUCAGACCCUGAGGGGAAAGCCCCUAUAUCUCACAACACUGGAGAGAUUUCAUCGGCAGCCAGCUUUGGGUAGAGCAAAGGAAAACUGUUGAAUGCAUUGGACUCCUUGGCAUUUUGGUGUGUAAUGGCAAGAACUCAAGAAAACUGAUUUGAAGUGGAGUUGAAUGCAGCCUAUAGUUCUCCCGUGGUCUCUAGCUUUGGCUCUUUGCCUUUGAGAGCCCUGAUGGAGAGCUCACAAGAACUGCUUACCUGUCUCAAUAGUAUGCGUAUGGACUUGCACUUGUCACAAGCUGCCAUUGAGAAAGUUCAAGAAAAGUGAUGAAUGCUCUGGACUUGUAAGCAAUUGGAGAGCUCAGAAUUUCUGCAUGAAAUUUUCUAGUGGUUGUGUUGAUAUCAACAAAGAAAUUUGUGAUGUAGUGAGUGUUGGUUGAGUAAAAAAGAUGUAAAUUUCUUUGAUAGAUCUUGUUAUGGAUUUGAAUUUUAAUAAAGAUAUGAAGGAACA